UAACUUGGCGUCGCCUCUUCCUCUCUCUCAAACAAUAGUUCUUCAGAGCUCUCUUCUUCCCUCACAUAUUCCGCCGACACCUCAUUCGAAGAGAGCAAUGGCCGGAAAAGGUGAAGGGCCAGCGAUCGGAAUCGAUCUCGGUACCACGUACUCCUGCGUCGGUGUGUGGCAGCACGAUCGUGUUGAAAUCAUAGCCAAUGACCAAGGUAACAGGACGACGCCGUCCUACGUCGGUUUCACUGACAGUGAGCGUCUCAUCGGCGAUGCCGCUAAGAAUCAGGUGGCCAUGAACCCUAUUAACACUGUUUUUGAUGCUAAAAGAUUGAUUGGUAGGAGGUUCAAUGAUGCAUCUGUACAGAGUGAUAUCAAGUUGUGGCCAUUUAAGGUCGUUCCUGGUCCUGGAGACAAGCCCAUGAUUGUAGUCACCUACAAGGGUGAGGAGAAGCAGUUUGCUGCUGAGGAGAUCUCUUCCAUGGUGCUGAUCAAGAUGAAAGAAAUUGCUGAGGCUUAUCUCGGUUCUACAGUGAAGAAUGCUGUGGUUACUGUUCCAGCCUAUUUCAAUGACUCCCAGCGUCAGGCCACAAAGGAUGCUGGUGUCAUUGCGGGGCUGAAUGUUAUGCGUAUCAUCAAUGAACCCACAGCAGCUGCCAUUGCUUAUGGUUUGGAUAAGAAGGCAACCAGUGUUGGUGAGAAGAAUGUGUUGAUCUUUGAUCUUGGUGGUGGUACUUUUGAUGUCUCUCUCCUCACCAUUGAGGAAGGUAUCUUUGAAGUGAAGGCUACUGCUGGAGACACCCAUCUUGGAGGUGAAGAUUUUGAUAACAGGAUGGUUAAUCAUUUUGUUCAGGAAUUCAAGAGGAAGAGCAAGAAAGAUAUCACUGGUAACCCUAGGUCUCUGAGGAGGUUGAGGACAGCUUGUGAAAGGGCGAAGAGGACUCUUUCAUCAACAGCGCAGACAACUAUUGAAAUUGACUCCCUUUUUGAGGGUAUUGACUUUUACUCCACCAUUACUCGUGCCAGAUUUGAGGAACUCAACAUGGAUCUCUUCAGGAAGUGUAUGGAACCAGUUGAAAAGUGUCUGAGGGAUGCUAAGAUGGACAAGAGCAGUGUUCAUGAUGUUGUUCUUGUUGGUGGAUCAACCAGGAUUCCAAAAGUUCAGCAACUCUUGCAGGACUUCUUCAAUGGUAAGGAGCUAUGCAAGAGCAUCAACCCUGAUGAGGCUGUUGCUUAUGGUGCUGCUGUGCAAGCAGCUAUUUUGAGCGGUGAGGGAAAUGAGAAGGUGCAAGACUUGCUGCUUUUGGAUGUCACUCCUCUCUCCCUUGGUCUUGAAACUGCCGGUGGUGUUAUGACUGUUUUGAUCCCCCGAAAUACCACCAUUCCCACCAAGAAAGAACAGGUCUUCUCUACUUACUCAGACAACCAGCCUGGUGUUUUGAUUCAAGUUUACGAAGGAGAGAGAACAAGGACCAGGGACAACAACUUGCUAGGUAAAUUUGAGCUCUCCGGCAUCCCUCCUGCACCCAGAGGUGUUCCCCAGAUCACAGUGUGUUUUGACAUAGAUGCCAAUGGUAUCUUAAACGUGUCUGCUGAGGAUAAGACUACUGGGCAGAAGAACAAGAUCACCAUCACCAAUGACAAGGGCAGGCUCUCAAAGGAGGAGAUUGAGAAGAUGGUUCAAGAAGCAGAAAAAUACAAGUCUGAGGAUGAAGAUCACAAGAAGAAGGUGGAGGCUAAGAAUGCCUUGGAGAACUAUGCAUACAACAUGAGGAACACGGUUAAGGAUGAGAAGAUUGGGUCUAAGCUGAGCUCAGAUGAUAAGAAGAAAAUCGAGGAUGCCAUUGAGCAGGCCAUCCAAUGGUUGGAAGGCAACCAACUUGCCGAGUCUGAUGAAUUUGAAGACAAAAUGAAGGAGCUAGAGAGCAUUUGCAACCCAAUUAUUGCAAAGAUGUACCAGGGUGCUGGCGGUGAUAUGGGCGGUGCCAUGGAUGAGGAUGCUCCCCAUGCCGCCGGAGGUAGCGGUGCCGGUGCUGGUCCCAAGAUUGAGGAGGUGGACUAAACUCUCCGUCCGUGUCUUCCCGGGUUGUUGGUUUCUUUUAAUUGCUAGUAUUUUAUUUUUGGACUAAUUGUUUUCUUGGGUUUUGUCACACAAUGCCCCCAUAUCCUUUUCAAUUGAGACUUAUACUACUUCGUAGUAGUUAGUAGUUGGUUUUCUGAAUAUUGCUGCUCUAAUUAUGAAAACUUGGAACAUUUUUAGUUUUUGCUA